AUGGACGUAUUCUCCACAUCCCAGGUCUACGACAGCACUUGUGCCUCAUCCCCUGAAGCUUUGGAGUUUGGAACUGGAGGGGAACUUGCUGGAUCCGAGGAGGAUGAGCACAUUCGGGCACCCGGGGCCCCUCACCAGCCUGGUCACUGCCUGCAGUGGGCCUGCAAAGCUUGCAAGCGCAAAUCCAGCACGGUGGACCGCCGAAGAGCUGCCACCAUGAGGGAACGGCGCAGGUUGAAGAAGGUGAACCACGCUUUUGAGGCUCUACGCCGCUGCACGUCCGCCAAUCCCAGCCAGCGGCUUCCCAAGGUGGAGAUCCUGAGGAACGCCAUCCACUAUAUUGAGAGCCUUCAAGAGCUGCUCCGGGAACAGGUAGAGAACUACUACAACCUGCCUACAGAGAGUGGCUCGGAGCCUGCCAGCCCAUCAUCUUGCUGUUCUGAAAGCAUGGUUGACUGCAACAGUCCUGUUUGGCCACAGAUGAGUCCACACUUUGGGAAUAACUACAACUAUGAUGCACAAAUUGCUAGUGUAGUAGACAGAACUCCCGGAACAUCUAGUUUGCAGUGUUUGUCCAGCAUUGUGGACAGGUUGUCCUCAGUAGACACAGGAGUUGCUGUGGGAAUGAGGAAUAUGGUUUCUCUCUCACCAACUGGAAGUGACUCCCAGUCCAGUUCUCCAGACAGUCCCAGCAACAGACCAGUCUACCAUGUCCUGUGA